AUUCCCAAAUCCGAAACCCUAGAAACUGAGAAAAGCUAAUCCCGUGUCCACUCAGAGACUCACGAUUCCUUCUCCCUCGACUCGUUUCUUACUUCCGAUCCUUCCCAGUUUAAAUUUUUUUUUUCCGAAUUCAACAUUUCCUCAUCAAUUACUCAUCAUCGUCAUUCAUUCAGAUUGAUCGUUGCAUGUUUGGCGUGUUACAAACAUGGAAGUAGUCGGGUGGAUUUCAUAGUCGAAUGGUCUGAAGAUGGCGACGCAUCGCUCUUCCGGAUACAUGGACCCGGGUUGGGAUCAUGGUGUUGCACAAGAUGACAAAAAGAAGAAGGUUAGAUGCAAUUACUGUGGCAAAGUUGUUAGCGGAGGAAUCUACAGACUGAAGCAACACCUUGCCCGGCUUUCUGGUGAAGUAACUUAUUGUGAUAAGGCUCCGGACGAGGUGCGUCUCAAAAUGAGGGAAAAUUUGGAGGGGCGCCGUGUUAGUAAGAAAUCAAGGCACAGUGAGUACGAGGAACAAUCCUAUUUGAACCUCAGUGCUGCUGAUGAUUUGGAGGAAGAAGAGCACUUUGGAUAUAGGAAAAAAGGUAAGCAAUUGUUGAUUGACAAGGAUUUAGCAGUGAAUAUGACUCCACUUCGUUCAUUAGGAUAUGUUGAUCCUGGUUGGGAGCAUGGUGUACCUCAGGAUGAGAGGAAGAAGAGGGUGAAAUGUAAUUACUGUGAGAAGAUUGUGAGUGGAGGUAUCAACCGGUUUAAGCAGCAUCUAGCUAGGAUACCCGGUGAAGUUGCUCCUUGUAAGAAUGCACCGGAAGAAGUUUAUCUCAAAAUAAAAGAAAACAUGAGAUGGCACCGUACCGGUAGAAGGCACAGGCGACCUGACACUAAGGAAAUAUCUACAUUUUACAUGGAGUCAGAAAAUGAGGAGGAAGAGCAGGAAGAUGAAGCUGUUUACCCAAUGGGUAAUGAUAGGCUUAUACAUGGUGAUAGAAGAUUUGAUAGAGAUUUCAAGAGGACUUCCAAAGGGUUGUCUGCCUGUAAUGGAUCUGAUCUGACACCGAAAAGGCCAAGGUAUGAUGCAAAUGUCCUGAAGACACCAAAAACUCAACCGGCAGUAGGUGGAAAGCUAGUGAAAAUGGGUCCAUCCAAGAGGUCCCGGAGAGAAGUCAUUUCUGCAAUAUGCAAGUUUUUCUACCAUGCUGGUGUGCCUUCUCAAGCAGCCAACUCCUCUUAUUUUCAUAAAAUGCUAGAGCUGGUAGGUCAGUAUGGCUCGGAUUUGAUAGGACCAUCUAGCAAUAUGUUAUCAGGGCGGUUUCUACAAGAUGAAAUACUGACAGUCAAAAACUACCUCGAGGAGUAUAAGUCUUCUUGGGCAGUGACAGGGUGUUCCAUUUUAGCAGAUAGUUGGAGAAACUCUCAAGGCAGGACACUGAUCAACAUUUUGGUAUCCUGCCCUCGUGGAGUAUAUUUUGUUUGUUCAGUUGAUGCAACAGGUCUAGUUGACGAUGAAACCUAUUUGUACAAAUUGCUUGACAAAGUGGUAGAAGAUAUGGGGGAGGAAAAUGUGGUGCAGGUAAUCACUCCAAGUACACCCAGUUAUCAAGCUGCUGGGAAGAUGAUUGAAGAGACGAGGAGAAAUUUGUUUUGGACACCUUGUGCCACAUAUUGUAUUGAUCAAAUGCUCGAAGAUUUUAAGAAACUAAACCGUGUUCGGGACUGUAUAGAGAAAGGGCAAAAAAUUACAAAAUUCAUUUACAAUAGGAUCUGGUUGUUAAAUUUGAUGAAAAGAGAAUUCACUGGAGGUAAGGAACUUCUGAGUCUGUCUGCCACUCAAUCUGCUUCAAGUUUCAGUACAUUGCAAAGUCUUCUUGACCACAGGGUUGAUCUAAGAAAAAUGUUUCAGUCAAACAAAUGGCUUUCAUCUAGAUAUUCUAAAUCAGAUGAAGGUAAAGAGGUGAAGAAUAUUGUGAUGGAUUCCUCAUUUUGGAGGAAGGUACAGUAUGUCAAAAGAUCAGUAGACCCCAUACUUGAAGUCCUUCAAAAGAUCGAUAGUGAUGAGAGCCUCUCGAUGCCAUUCAUCUACAAUGAUAUGAACAGAGCGAAGCUUGCUAUAAAAAUCAAUCACAGUGAUGAUGCACGUAAAUAUGAAUCUUUUUGGAGUGUUAUUGACAAUCACUGGGAUUCGUUGUUUCACCAUCCUCUCUAUCUGGCUGCUUACUUCCUGAAUCCUUCAUACCGUUAUCGGUCAGAUUUUGUCCUGCAUCCCGAUGUCGUACGUGGUCUGAAUGCUUGCAUUGUGAAAUUGGAACCAGACAGUGCUAGAAGAAUUUCAGCAUCUAUGCAGAUUUCUGACUUUGGUUCUGCAAAAGCUGAUUUUGGAACUGACCUGGCAAUUAGUACCAGAUCAGAGCUUGAUCCAGCUGCCUGGUGGCAACAACAUGGGAUUAAUUGUUUAGAGUUGCAACGAAUUGCUGUACGCAUACUGAGUCAAAGUUGCUCAUCUUUUGGGUGUGAGCAUAACUGGAGUGUACAUGAUCAGAUGCACAGACAGAGACAAAAUCGGCUAUCACAGAAGAGAUUGAAUGAAGCAAUCUAUGUUCACUAUAAUUUGAGACUAAGGGAACGCCAGAUGAGGAAAAGGUCCAGUAAGUCAACGUCCCUAGACAGUGUUCUGCAAGAAGAUCUACUGUAUGACUGGAUCGUGGAGACAGAGAAACAAGCAUUACAAGAAGACGAGGAAAUCCUUUAUAGUGAAAUGGAUCAUGGUGAUGGAUAUGAAAAUGAGGUCCACGACUUCGAUGAUGGACAUGGAGAUUCGAGAAAAGGAUCAAUGGAGAUGGUGCUAGCAGAUGUGGCAGAGCCACUGGAUGUCGAUGACAGCGCUCAGAAUGAUGCAGCUUCAGGCGAUGAUCAAGAUCUCGACUUCAUUGAAGAAGAUAUGACUGACUAGUCGCGACGGAUAUAGGUACUAUACGAUCUAAUUGGGUGUAAACUUUACUAGGGUUUUUCAUGUCGUUUCUUGUAUACACUGUAAUUGUUGCCCCAACGUACAUAUCACAUUGUGUUUGCCCAGUUUUGUAAAUUCAUAAAAAGUAACCUUGGUUCCUAGGUCUUGCAACGGUUAUGUUUUGAAUUGAAAAUGCAUCGGCUUUUGAA